GCGGUACAUACACAGUGUCACUCUUACGCGCUCUAUGUAUCGUUGAAGAAUUGCACGGUAUGCUGGAAAUGCGAUUUAAUCGAUAUGAUAUCAGAAAUGUAUUGUUGGGCAUGUUGCUAAGGAACAGAUGGUAUAUCUUGAUUGAUUUUGGUGUUACUGGAAGUUAGUGUGGAAAGACAUUCGAUCCGUGUGUGAUACAUAAUCUGUCAAAAAUGAUGGAAGAAAUUCAUAAUGCAACUGAAAUUGAAGACUUCGAUUUUUAUGAUGAUAAGCCAGCUGGUGAGAGAUGGGCCCCAGUAGGUGCAAAUGAUUUGGAUGAUGAAACAGCGUGUGAUAUUCAGUAUAGCAGCCGUGGCAUUAGUGAAGCUGAAAGACUUCGGGAUCUUGAGGAACAGCAGGACAUGCUUAAUUCUUCUCUCAUUGCUCUGACUACACAUUUUGCACAGGUUCAGUUUCGACUGAGACAGAUAGUUGAUGCACCUCCAAGUGAAAAAGAAAACCUCUUGAAAGACUUGGAGGCAUUUGCUUUCAGAGGAAUACCAGAAUCACGUGAUGGAAAAAUCAAAGGCUUAAUGACACCAUCUUUAAAUCCUGAUGGAGAAGACUUAAAGGAGAAAAUGUUAACUCAGAGAGCUAAACAGAAAGAAUUAAUAUCACAUCUUAAAAGUCAAUUAGAAGAUCUUGAGAAAUAUGCAUAUGAGACAGGUGAAGCAGGAUUGCCUCAAAGUGUUGUAAUGGAAAGACAGAGGGUCAUAAUAGAUCAACUGAAAGGGAAAAUCAACUUGAAUGUAGAUGACAUGGAUAAAUUGACAGUGGAUGAUCUCCGAAGUCAAGUGGAUUAUGCAAUAAGUCAACUGGUUAACCCAUUGAAGAUGAAAGAGCACUUGGUAAUUCAGCUGAAAACUCAGAUUUCUGAUUUGGAACGAUUCAUAGAAUUUUUGCAAGGUGAAGGAACAUCAGAAAAGAAUAUUAAAAGUAAGGAAUGUACAUGUAACUGCCCUGUCCACGGUGAAUUAUCUUCCUUGUCAAGAAGGAGACUUCGUAACAGAAAUGAGGAUGAGAUCAGAGCAGAAACAAUAAACAUGUUGAAGAAAGCAGCUGCCCUGUUGCAGAUAUUUGAUGUUGCACAGUUUGGCUGUGGUAAUGAACAGUUCAAAAGGAAUGCUUUAAAAAAGACAAUGAAAGCAAAUCACUGGGGAGAUCUAAGAGCAAAUCUGGAACUAGCAGUGGAGCAUGUAAUAGAAUUAGCUUCAAAUCCUGAGAAUACUUUGGAUAAUGAUUACACGUCAGACUCUGAAGGUGCUCCUGUUGUGCUGUGUAAUGUGAAACUCACAUCAGCUGUAAGGAAACGGUUGGCUGUCAGUAUUCGGGAUUUAAUGCAGCAUGGGUUGAUGCCCGUUGGUCAGAGUGUUAGUGUUGUCCCAUUUAUUGGUUGUUUUCCACACAUUAAUACAUCUGGCAAAGGCAUGCAUGCCUGGGAAUUUAUUCUGAAGUAUUAUGAAUUGAAGAAUGGAGAGCAGUACAAUUCAACACCAGCCAGAAAACUAUCACAAAGUUUUAAUUUGGAUAUGGUAGGAGGGACAGCUAUUUCAAACAAACAGAAGUUGCUGAGUGUCAUAGGAAAUAUAGUUGAAACACAUGCGCUGUGCAAGAGGAGUUACGAUUCACAUUUUAAAGCUUUCAUCUGUGCAGCAUUGAAUUCAAAAAAGUUGGUUCCAUGGCUACGUUUAAUAUUUAGGUGCGAGACACUAUUGGAAAUCUAUUAUCAGUCAUGGAGUUAUGUUGCUAAAACAGGCUUUGAAGAUUGUUUCCAUAGUUUGGAAAAGUUAUCAGAGUUCAAAUUUGAAUUACCUGUGGAUCUGGCAGUUCUUCCGUUUCAAAAUAUCAGAGAUGCAUUCUAGCAGUCUCCUGCAGCUAGAUAUACCUGUUAUAUAGCAUGUAAUAUUAUUGCCUAAUAGUUAGCAUACAAUAAUACAUUUGACAUGAACAUGGCAAGAAUUUAUCUGCAUGUAGAAUUUUUUUUUUUUUUGAAUCUUAUUUUGAACCUUAUUUAAUAAAUUGCCUCUCCAGAAAACGAACUUUUAUUGGUAAUAUUUCCUCUAUGCAAUAUCUGUUCAUCAAAAUUAUUCAGUAUUAUUAUUUAUAUGUUGCUUUCUGCAACCAUGAUUAGUAUACAAAUAAAUGUAAUAGUGGUGAAGUGUCUUGGUAGCUUGUCCUAUGUGUGUGUCAUCCUUAUCAUUUCAUGGAAUAUGAUGUAGAAACUGAUGAAUCUUUGAUAGCUGAAUCAUAGUGGAAUAAGUUCAUGUCAUUUCUGGAGAAGGGUGGCACACAAAGUGUUCAUGUGCCCAAACUUCCUACCAGCCAGUGUAGGCUAACACCCUGCUGGACUGAUCUUAAAGAUAUAUUAAGCAUAACAAUAGUGGAACAGAUGUUCUAAAUUUUUGAUCUAGAAUAUACUGGUAUAAUGCUUAACAAAUAAGGAAGUUGAGGUUAGAUUUGAGGUUCUCACCGCAGUGGCUGUGUAGAGUGCUAUCUUCUUAGUGGGCCAGUGAAGGUCAACUUGUUGCCGGCUUAAUGCUGGUGUCUUGCUUGGAUUACUCUUUGACCUUGAAGGUGUAUGUGAUAUGUUCUACUGAAGCUGUUCCUGGCCAAAGCAGACAUUGAGAGUGUAUGUGGUAGCAUUAUUCUUGACCCCCCCACCUCCUCCUCAUUUCCUGCAUGUAAUGUCAUUUGCGAAGCCCAUAACAUACAGCAUCUGAAUGUAUAUUAGUCAGUCAAGAGUCUGUUUCCUCUCCAGUUUCCUCAGACAGUUUGAAGGCACACCAGUGAAGAGUUUUAAGUUACCUGGUGUGGCAACCCAGUGUGUGGAGUGCUUCUCUUUCAGCCUGUCAAUAAAAGGGGAAUUGAAAUUGCUAGUUUGGUACUGAUGAAUUAACUAAUUUCCUCUUUAGGGAAGGCAUCUGCAUCUUUAUUGUACUGUAUUAAAUCCCAUUGUGACCAGGGACCCAGAGCCCUGUUCCACUUGAGCAGGGCACAGAUUGCCUAGACCAGAUUCAGCACUACUCUUAAUGCCUCAAGGGCCUGCAAAACUGCCUGGUUAUGUGGGAAUGUAUAGAUUUGCUCACCUGUAUAGUUCCUUUCUAUACAGUCCCUUACAUAACGUAUGAUCAGAGAAAUGUUUGUCAGUACUGUGGCAUGUACACCAAUUGAAAUGAAUGGCCACCUUGUCUCACUUCACACCCGCCCACGUUCUGACACCUUCCAUCAGCUUCUCAUUCUUGUUGAAGCGCUGUGAUCAUAACCAUUUCUUCAGGUAGGUAAACAGGUGUUUGUUGUUUGAAGCAAGAUCAGGGCUGUAAGGGUGGUCAGUUCCCAGUUUAAAUGCUCCAGCAUUGCUCAAGUGUGAGCAGCUGUAUGCAGAUGCACAUUGUCAUGGAGGAGCACUACAUCGGAUGUCAGCAUUCCACGCCCUUUAUUCUGAAUGGCCCUAUGCAAUUUUUUUAGUGUUUCGCGAUACAAAAUGUGGCUGAGCUCACAGGCAUCAGACAAAAACUUAUUCCCAAAUAAGACAUGUGCCUCAUUUCCAGUAGUGACAACAUUGAGAAGUAGCUUAUUACGUGUAUGUAUGUAUUUUUUGUACAUAAUAAAUUUUGUUCUCAUUGCUUGUUUUCUUAACGGCUCACAGGAGGUUACUUUCCAAAUACCACUUGUCUAAGACUGGUGUAAAAUUGAAAUUUUUUUUUUUUAAUUUGUAUGUCUGUUUUGUUUUGUGAGAUCUGUGAAUAUGUUGGUUCAACUAUCUGAAUUCAACCUUGCCAUGAUGUUUCUCUGUAAACACUUAGAAGAUAUUGAGAAGACCUAUUGGACAUUUUGAUUUACUGUUGUUAGCAUUCUGGUAUAAAUACUGUCAAAUAUUGGCAAUGUUUUUAAGUCGUCCUCUCACAAUAUCUUGAGAUAUUACUCUUUUUUUUUACUAACAGUUCUUUUCUUUGUAUCUAGUCCUAUUAUUUACAAUAUGAAAAAGUUACGUUCUUUUACCAUCAAGUUUACACUGUAAAAAUAACUAUAAUUUCUGCUGUUCCAGUGUACACACUGUUCAGUGCUGUCACAUGAUGCAGAUUUGGUAACCGUACUGGAGAUGAAUGGCAUAUAUUUCAUGUACAUGGAUUUAUGAACUAUCUUAUUUUAUUUUUGUAAAAAAUCAUAUAUUUGGAUUAGUAUCACAUAGUUAUAUUUACAAAAAAGUUACAAAGAAGUAGGUAGUUUUUAACUUCAUGGUCCAGUUUAAGUCCAUGGAAUUUGUGCAGACUGAAUAGCUCAUUUAAAUUAUUUGUUAAAUUAAUUUAGAUCUGAUGGUGUUAAUGAUGCAAAUAAUCUUGAUAUAUAUAUAUAUAUAUCCCG